GGCUAAUAUGAGCUAGUGAAAGAUUUGCCUCCGUACUUUCGCCAAAACGCACACUUGUGUCGAAAUUGUCGGCAGGUUCUUCAAGCUAUUCAUUCACCAAAACAAACUUUGCUUUACACGUUUACCUGUCAAUAUAGUUCAGCUGUGACACAGUCAAAUGAGAAAUUGAGAAAUUGUGAAACCCAUUUAGAAACGUUUUGUCAACGAAAUGGCGAUGUUAUUCUGGGAAAGAGGACUUCGCAACGCUGUUACCAAAAAGGCUAUGCAAGGAGUCCAGCUCUACUGUACGUCAGUGGUAUCAGGCAGAGAGCGUGUGAAUGGGGUGGAUCUGUUCUACCAGCAGACUGGAAAAGGAGAACAUGCUGUUUUACUACUGCCUGGAGCUCUGGGAAGUGCUCAGACUGACUUUGGGCCGCAGCUGAAGUCUUUGAGUAAGGACCGCUUCACUGUGAUUGGUUGGGACCCUCGCGGGUACGGAAACUCCCGCCCCCCGGAGAGAGACUUCCCACUGGACUUCUUUGAGAGGGAUGCCAAGGACGCUGUGGACCUGAUGCAGGCGUUGAGAUUUCCAAGGUUCUCUCUGCUGGGCUGGAGUGACGGAGGCAUUACUGCUCUGAUUGCAGCAGCCAGGAACCCCUCCCUGGUCAAUAAGAUGGUGGUGUGGGGCUCCAACGCAUAUGUCUCACCACAAGAUGUAAAGAUCUACAAUGCGAUCCGUGAUGUGUCUCAGUGGAGUGAGAGGAUGAGGAGGCCCAUGGAGGAAGUGUAUGGGUCAGAGCUCUUCAUUAAGACCUGGGAAGGAUGGGUGGACGGGAUUGGACAGUUCGCCCAGAGACCAGAAGGAAGCAUCUGUAUGGAGCUGUUGCCUCAGAUCAGCUGUCCCUCUCUCAUCAUCCACGGAGAGAAGGAUCCCAUGGUGCCCAGCUUCCACCCUCAGUAUCUCCUCAAACACAUCAAGGGUUCAAGGUUGCAUCUGAUGCCGGAAGGGAAACACAACCUGCAUCUGAGGUUUGCUGCCAAGUUCAACAAGCUGGUUGAAGACUUCCUGAACCAGUGAUGGACAUAGGAAUAGGGUACCAUUUGGGACGUAGCCUAACAUUUUGCAGUAUGUAGGGAUUAGGGUGCCAAUUCGGUUACACAAGUCCUGCACCCACAGGAAAUGAGAAGCUUUCAGGCCUGGGUCUGUGUUCAAGAGUGGACAACAUUGAAGGAGCACUAUAGAAAGCAACAGUAAUAAUCAAUCAGAGUCUGGUCCAUUAAUUAACUGACUUAUCACUGAAUUACUGGUAUAUGAGCCAAAAUAAAUACCCAUCCACAUGACUAUUGCAAAUGUUAUGUAUUAAUUCCUUGUGUAAUAAGUUUAACUUUUUGCAUCAUUUGUAUUGUUGUGUACAGUCCUCUGUUUUGUACUGUUGUGUGUCAUAUAUGGCAUGUUAUGUAAAUGUUGCAUUUGCAAACUGUUAUGCCAUGUAAAACAAAGCAAAAGAAAAGUUGGAAAAUGAUAGUCAUUCAAUUACAAUUUUAAUCAGACAUAUUUAGUAAACAGCAGGGGUGAAAGUAAGGUGGUGUGGUACGGCGUCCCAGCAAAAUAAAUAGUGUGGGUACGCCGUACCAGUUAAACAUGAACUUAUCACAAUGAUUAAAACAAAAUGUCAAGAAAAUUAGCAAAUGGACUUAAACUGGUGGUAUAGCCUAUGCUCCAAUAUGCGAUGUGGUCAGAUGAGAACACUGAAAUUUUGCCAAGGUAGAGAUGAGUGGCUGACACAGACGCGUGCAGACAGCAGUGGACGCUUCAAUUCUGGCCUAAUGACAAUCACCAAAUGUCAUUAGACUUUUUGGUGUGUUGUGUAACAGAUGACUGGAAAGAGUCACCACUGUUUGGAACAAGAGCUCGACUUGGACUGAAAGAGGUUCCGGUACUUUUGAGCUAAUAUUCUAUAAGAGGAACAGGAGCUCAAGCAGUAGAACAUUUGAAGUACCAGUACUCAGUUCAUGUGAGGUCCUGGUUUGGAGGCUGGAAAUAUGUUGAGUGGAUGAGCUUGGAGCCCUUUGAAGUGAUUCUGAUAAUCAGAUAAAAACAUAAUGACUGGUUGUGUUUAUACCACAAUACUAGUUAAUACAUUUUAAAAGUUAUGAAAUAUCUUCUAGGUCCACAGACAUCCUUUUGAA